AUGGAUCCGCAGCAGCGCAAGCUUCUAGAGGUAGUCUACGAGUGUUUUGAGAACUCCGGAGCAUCUCUCAAUGAUAUGUCCGACUCCAACACGGGAGUAUACGUAGGGAACUUCACCCAAGACAACCUACUCAUGCAAAUGAGAGAUCCCGAUGAUCUGCGGCGCUACCAAGCUACUGGAUCUGGGUUGACCAUGUUAGCUAAUCGAAUCAGCCACACGUUCAACCUCCAUGGCCCAAGCCUAACACUCGACACGGCAUGCUCGUCUUCGAUCUAUUGCCUGCACCUAGCUGUGGCUGCCCUCAAAGCAGGAGAAUGCGAUGGGGCAAUCGUGGCUGCUUCUAACUUGAUCAUGACCCCAGGACCACAUAUUGCAGCCAUGAAGGCCGGCAUGCUCUCUCCAACCUCAACAUGCCACACCUUUGACAUCUCAGCUGAUGGCUAUGCACGAGCUGAAGGUGUAAACGUUGUGUAUGUAAAACGUCUGUCUUCGGCUAUCAAGAACAACGACACCGUUUACGGUAUCAUUCGUGGAACAGCGGUCAACUCGAAUGGUCGAACCCCUGGAAUGAUAUACCCCAGUGCAGACUUCCAGGAAGUCGUAGUUCGCAAGGCUUACAAAGAUGCAAACCUCGACUUCUCCGAUACAGACUAUAUUGAAUGCCAUGGAACUGGGACGGAGCUAGGAGAUCAUGUUGAGUUGAAUGCUUUGGGAAAUUGCUUUUCUAAAGAUAGCAGGAAGCCCCUAAUGAUUGGAGGUACAAAACCGGCUUUUGGGCAUAGCGAAGCAGCAAGCAGCCUUACGUCGCUGAUCAAGGUGGUCCUAGCCUUUCAACAUGGCAUGAUUCCGCCCACUCGCGGGGUUGAGACACCCAAUCCAAAACAUCAGGUUCUCCAAAGUCUUCCCCCGCCAUAUGCACCCGGCUGGACUCUGGAAAGCAUGAUGCGGGAUAAUACUGACAAGAGCCUAAUCAAUGAAGCCGUGAGGAGUCAACCGAUAUGUACCGCUGUGCAGAUUGGCCUCGUUAACAUUUUACACGCCUGGGGUGUUCAGCCCUCUGCCACUAUAGGCCACUCAUCUGGCGAAAUCGGGGCAGCGUAUGCGGCGGGCCUCCUAAGCGCGUCUCAGGCCCUUCUUGUUGCAUACUUUAGAGGGUAUGCUGUAGCAGAGAACCCCACUUCGGGCGCUAUGCUUGCCUGUGGACUUGGUGCUGAAGAAGCCGAAGCGAUCAUACAGAAAUGUGGUCUCGUAGGGCAAGUCUGCGUUGCCUGUUUCAAUGCACCUGAGGGCGUCACAUUGAGUGGACCGAAGGGCUGUAUUGAGCAGAUACAAUUGGAACUCCAGAAUCGCAAAACAUUCUGUCGACUCUUAGAGACAGAUGGUCAGCCCUAUCAUUCCCAAUGGAUGAAAAAUGCUGGUACGUUAUACGAGAAGUUGCUUGAGCCCUACCUUGAGGAUAAGCUUCGGGAUACCCCUUUUAGUGCAAAUAUGUACUCCACCGUUUACCACAAACAGGAGGGCCCCAAACUUGUUGAUGCCUCGACACCAAUGGCCGAGUACUGGAGAGACAAUCUGGAGAAGCCGGUCCGAUUCCAUUCGACUUUACAGCAUCUCAUCCGGGGCCAGAGGUUCCACCUUAUCGAAAUAGGGUCACACUCAGCACUAAAAGGUCCCAUAAAUCAAAUUCGGAGAGCUGCGCUGCUCGAUGAGCGAGCUAUUCCGUAUAGUCCAUCACUGAUUAGGGGACAAGACGCUCAUCUGAGUAUGAUGAGACUCGCUGGCAGAUUGUUCACUUACGGUUAUGAAUUAGACUGGAAAGCUGUUAACUCCAUUCCAAAAACAAGUCGUGUCUUGUUUCAGGGUUUGCCUCCAUAUCCCUGGGAUUAUUCGGCCGGCCUACAAUGGUUUGAGCCUCGUGAGAGUAGUGAGCUACGAAACCGCCCUUUCAUUCGCCACGAGCUUCUUGGCUCCCAACAACUUGCCGGGAACGGCAUCGAAUGGAGCUGGAGAAAUGUUCUGCGCCCGAACGAGAUGCCGUGGAUUCGCGACCAUAGAAUUGAAGACCAAGUGGUCUUUCCAGCUACAGGUUAUUUCGCUUUAGCCAUGGAAGCGGUAACCAGGGCCAGAGCGGCAAGUGGAAACCCCUUGCUUGGGCGUCCAACCUUUGAUUUACAUAAUGUCAGCAUUAAUUCUGCUAUGGUGGUGCCUGAGGACAGUGACUUGGAGCAAGUGCCUAUAGAGCUGCACACUACCCUUAAUACACGGAGAAUAUCCUCCAAGACCUCCUCGGCGAGCAUAUACGAUUUCAAAGUAUCUUCCUGGACCGCUGGCCAGGCCACCGUCCACUGCGUGGGAAGUAUUAGAGUAUUCGAUACACUACCUGAAGCUGCAGUAGGAUUCAACGGAGUCCUAGGCUCAAGUGGGUAUAGAGAUUGGAAUAUGGGCCGAUGGUAUGAGAAAUACGCAGAAGAAGGGAUGUUAUUUGGGCCGUAUUUUCGAAACUUAACCGGUGUGCGAGCUGACAGCGAUCAAGCUGCUCUGAUUAGUGCUACGUCUGGAAAUCCUGAAUAUUUCCGAGCUUAUGUACCAGUGUUCAUCUCGGAAUGUCGCAUCAGGACACUGGCGCUUCCGGAUGACGAUAAAGAACAGAAGGGGGUUAUUCACACAACAUCCCAACGAACUGGAUUCUCCAGCCUAAGAGCAGAUUCUACCCUGCGGGAUGGCCAAGGGGUGUCCCUCGUUCAGAUGAAGGGUGUUCGAUUGACCAUGUAUAUUGGGAAAGUGACUAAAGACGAGAGCCGCAGUAGUCCCCAUCUACAACGGCACCCUGUGACGGGCGUGAACUGGAAGCCGGAUAUCAUGCGGCUUACGCCGGACACAAUGCCUCGACUACAGGAUUAUAUUGCGAAUUUUAUUCGAGAUCGACCCUCAUCACCGGGUGAUGACGAGUGUAAGGGUAUAAUCAGCGCAAUACUAGACUUAAUAGGCCAUAAAAACCCUCGGAUGCGGGUUUUAGAGAUCGGAGGAUCAAAUAAAAGUACAAGGAACGAGUGGCUAGAGUUACUAGCUGACGGAACCGCGUUCCCCCGAUAUAGGUCAUGGCUGUCAACUAAGCCAGAUGAUGAAGGUAGAGUUUUGGCAGAUACUAACAAAACCGGGUUCGAAGUCGUGAUUCAUAUUGACGAUGCAUCUCAAGGGCUCUGGAAGCAUUCGCCAAAACACCUUACAUCUCUCGUCAAUGACCACGGGAUCAUAAUUGUCUACAAAUCCGAUGGUAUCAUAGAGGAAUUAACGGCAGCGAGGUUUCAGGUAAUAGAUAUCGAAGAUCGCGUCAUCGUGGCAUUGCGUAGAAAAGAACAGAAGGCUCUAGACGGACGAAGCGUCCUCAUAGUCACUCGUGAGGCAUCUCCGUCGCUACAAGGCUUCAUUUCCGAUCUGACGGAACAGUUGGAGCAGACACACGGGACUCGUGAGAUUCGCACCGUCUCUCUAGCUCAGCUUCCAACGAUAGAGAUCUCCGGGAACACAGUUUGUGUUUCACUAAUAGAAGUGGAACGACCAUUGUUGGCCGAAUUGAGUCAGUGGGAUCUGGAGCUUCUCCACAGCUUGAUCAACUCAGUGAAAGAUAUCGUCUGGUUGGUUGGAUCAAACCUGAUGGGUAUCCCUAACCCCGAUCUUACAUUAGUACAAGGGCUAUCUCGUUCCAUCAUGGUCGAGCAGCCAUCAUUGCGGUUUGCAGUCAUCGACGUUGGCUCUGUUGAGGCCCUAUUGUCUGACUCGCGGAGUUCUUGUCAAAGUGUUGUCCGCGCGUUAGAACGGUACGAGAAGAUCGACGAUAGAGAAUUCGUUCUUUCGAAUGGCCUCCUUUGCGUCAGCCGCAUAGAGCCUAAUACCACUAUUAAUUCGGUGUUUCAAAGCCGGACUCAGAAAGCACCCACAUCCAUGAAACAAUUGACACUUUCCCAAGCAACCCCAGCUCAGCUGUGUAUAGGCAAAGUUGGCAUCAUGGAUUCCUUAUAUUUUCGACAGAGUUGUGAUCCGCACACCACCCCACCCAAAGGCUUCAUCGAUGUCGAAGUCAAAGCAGUCAGUCUAAACGCAAAGGAUGUGUAUACAAUGAAUGGACGUGUCGAAACUAAGACCGGUACGUCAGCUACCGAGUUUGGCGGGCUAGUGACAGAAGUAGGGCCGGACGAAUGCAACUUCAAAGUAGGAGAUCGAGUGAUUGUGCUCAAGCCUAAUAACUUCUCGACGAUUGAACGAGUCCCCUCUUGGACCUGUCAUAAACUGUUGGCGUGCGAGGAUACAACGGUGAUGACAACACUACCAACUGUAUACUGCGCCGCCCUAUACGCUAUUCGCGACUGUGCACGGGUACGAUCCGGAGAAUCAGUCCUUAUUCAUUCAGGUGCCGGCGCUUUUGGUAUCGCCGCAAUAAGUCUAGCACAGCGAGCUGGUGCGGUUGUAUAUGCCACUGUUGGUUCGGAAAAGAAACGAGAGUUUUUAGUCAACCAUCUCGGCCUGUCUGCUGAGCAUAUUUUUAGUUCCCGGAACGAGUCGUUCGAGACUGAAUUGAACGCUGCGACUGGAGGCAGAGGAGUCGAUGUUGUUAUCAACUCUCUGGUUGGAGAUUUGAUGCAUGCUAGCUGGCGAUGUCUGGCUCAUUUUGGCCGAUUUGUAGAAGUUGGCAAACGUGAACUAAUUGACGACGGUAGGUUGGAAAUGGACAUAUUUUCCCGGAGCACGACCUUUACCGCUUUCGAUCUUAGUGAGAUGUUUUUCCUCGAGGGAGAACACUAUCGAGAUAUACUGGCUGGUUUGGUCAAGGAUGUCCUUGAGCUGUAUCGCUCCAAGCAGAUCCAACCCGUACCCAUCACAACUUUUGAUGUUUCGAACAUUGCCCAGGCAUACCGCUAUUUCUCAUCCAGGGACAGGAUAGGGAAGGUCGUCAUUUCUCUUGAUAAUCCAAACAGCCUUUUAACUGUUGCACCCCCAAAGUACAUCACAAUACUUGAUUCCACGAAGGUGUAUCUUCUUGUCGGCGCUCUUGGGGGUUUAGGGAGAAGUUUAGCGCGCUGGAUGAUGUCACGAGGUGCGCAGAAAUUCGUUUUCCUCCAGAGAUCAGGCUGUGACAAGUCGAGUGCCCGGGAGUUUAUAGCUUGGUUAAGACAAGAAGGGGCAUGCACCACGGUGAUUAAGGGCGAUGUCACAAAGUUUGACGACGUGGUGGCAAGCAUAGCAGCCUGCAAAGACCUUGGAGGGCCUAUCGGUGGUGUAUUGCAAGCUGCAAUGGGUCUUCAUGAAGAUAUUUUCAGCGCGAUGACGAGUGAGGUUUGGCAUGAGAGCGUAAAGCCUAAAUGGGCGGGUACGUGGAAUCUUCAUACCGCACUUGAAGGACACGACGAAGCUCUCGACUUUUUCCUCAUGACCUCUUCCAUGAAUGGGACUACCGGAUUACCAACGGAAAGCAAUUAUUCGGCAGCGAAUUCUUUCCUUGAUAGUUUUGCACACUGGCGGAGGAGCCAAGGCAAACCAGCCGUAUCACUUGCAUUAGGAAUGGUGUCUGACGUUGGCUAUCUUCACGAGAACCCCAAGAUUGAAGAAUUGCUACUGCGUAGAGGAACCCAGCCUCUAAGCGAGAAUGACGUUCUUCUGCUUACCGAUAUCGCGAUCGGAGGAGUCAGUAGUCACCGUGGGCUAGGACAGCAACAAGCAGAUAUUGCACCAGCUCAUAUACUCACUGGCUUGGAGACUGGGAAUCUUCGAAAAAUAAUGAAUCAAGGAUUUGAAGUGUCUAAUUCGACCCUGGAGGAUCCUCGAAUGUCCAUACUAGCGGCUUCAAUAGAAGUUGCUCACAAUUCUACGGGCUCAAACGAAAUUCGAAAUUCGGAAGGCGACCAGCAGAUCAUGAGGACUCCAUGGAUGAGGGGUCUACCUCGGGAAAUUACUGAUAUUCUCAAACCAGAACUUACUGGGGCGUCGUCUUUGAAGGGAUUAAUAUUACGAGUCUUAAUUAAGAGGUUCUCGGAUUUACUACUCACACCAAGAGACCAAAUCAACCCCGACAAGUCGUUUGCACAAUUUGGGUUGGAUAGCAUGAUCGCGUCGGAGUUUAGAUCGUGGCUUUGGAACUCAUUUAAGGUGGACGUGCCAUUUCUGGACCUUUUGGGUUCUCGCAAGUCUUUGGAUACUGUAGCAACACUUGUGGAAGCAGAUUUACUAUCACGAACUAACCAAGAUGAUAUUGAAGCGGCGCCCGAUCCCGUUGCAGUAGAACUAGCCAAGAUCCCAAUACCGACUGCUACGACCGUCAAGAAAGACUCUGAUCCAUUCCUCGUCGCCUUUGACCAACCCUACGAUGCUGAUAACCCAUUAGACUGGCCAACAGGCCGUAAAUGGAUGGUGACCGACGUCUUGUCCGCUACAGGCUUUAACCGUAUUAUGGUUUCGACAAUUAUGGCCCCGGCAUUAUCAACCAUCGCCAAUGAACUCAACAUGAGCUCGGCCAAAUCGGCCAUGUCUCUUUCUAUAUAUCUCUUAGCCACCGUCUUUGGACCGCCCCUUAUUGGUCCGUUGUCGGAAAUAUACGGUAGAACAGUUAUUCUACACAGUUCCAACGUCUGGUUCCUCGUUUGGAAUAUUGUUUGUGGCUUUGCUCCGACAAAGGGCACACUUAUUGCAGCUCGUUUUCUUGCAGGCUUUGGUGCCAGCGCUAUAUAUUCCCUUGCCGGUGGUGUUCUUGGUGAUGUGUGGAGGCCGGAACAGCGAGGCAGUUCGCUAGGAGUCUACUUGAUUAUCCCCUUGCUUGGUGCAGCAGUUGGUCCUAUAAUUGGUGGUUUUAUGGCUGCGCGAACGACUUGGCGGUGGAUGUUCUGGGCUACCUCUGCAUUCCAAGCUGUCAUGAUAUUGGUGUCUUAUUUUAGUUUCCACGAGUCGUACGGACCACUAAUACUCCGACGGCGUGCCCAGCGCCUUCGCGAAGAAACUGGAGAGAGUCGAUAUCAUACUCGAGGCGAAAUAAUUGAUGGUAAUAGGUCGGCCGUUACCAUUCUAGUGAGAGCUCUAUCACGACCGGUUCGUCUCUUGUUAUUCCAUCCCAUUAUCCAAGUUUCAGCCAUUCUAUCAGGAUUCAACUACGGAAUCUUGUAUGUCGUUCUCUCUACAUUUUCUGCUCUGUUUACGUCUCAAUAUGGCCAGUCAGUCGAAAUUAGCGGACUACACUACAUCGCUUGCUCCCUUGGCGAGUUGGCUGCUUCGCAGGUCGGUGCUCCUUUGAUGGACCACUUAUACAAGCGGCUACCGGCACAUAAACAGAAUCCAGAGUCUCGCAUACCGCUAAUGUUCCCCUCAAUAAUCAUCACAUGGGUUGGUGCCUUAAUGUAUGGGUGGACGGCUGCGUAUCGGCUGCAUUGGAUCUUAGUUGAUAUCGGAGUAUUUAUCAUGUUGUUCGGAAUGCAACUAGGCGGCUUACCUAUAACGGCCUAUGUUAUCGACACGUAUGGUGAACACACAAGUAGCGCCAUGGCGGCACAGCAAUUUCUUAAGAGCUUAAUGGCUUUCCUAUUCCCGUUAUUCGCCCCAAGCAUGUACGCAGUGCUUGGAUACGGAUGGGGCAAUAGUGCUCUGGCCUUAGGGGGCUUAGUGCUUUCAGUCCCUCUCCCGAUAUUUUUAUGGAAGUAUGGGGUAAGGUUGAGGGCCAAAGCAAUUUCGACCUAUUAA